AUGGAGUGGCACGAUGUUGCAAUGGAGGCGGAGGACGAGGACGGCGCGUUCACUCUCGUGCACGAGGGCCCAGACGCGCUCACCGCCCAGCAGCAAAAGGGGCACCGGGGCAAGGCCUCCAGCCAGGCGGAGCUGACGCACGACCUGCAGCUGGCCGCCUUCCCCGAGCUGUUCAAGCGGGAGCCGGCCGAGCAGCGGCUGGCUCGUGCGGCGGCGGCGCAGCAGUGCUGGGACGCGCUGGCGCAGCGAAUGCAGGAGACUCUGGAGGCCACCGAUGCCGAGGUGUUUCAGGAGCUGCUGCGCUUUGCGCAGCAGAGCCACCGCCCGCCGGCCCCGCGGGCCGCGGGCCUGCCCGAGUUUGCCGGCUGCCAGCGGGUGCCCACAGGCCUGGUGCUGGCCGGCGGCGUGAACAGCGCCGACCACUGCCACACCUUCCCGCGCCUCGCCGCCUUCCUGCGCCAGCACGGCUGCUACGCCGCGCUGCUGCACCCGCACAGCCUGGGCAAGGUGCCUGGCGACGCAAUUGGCGAGGUCCUGCGCCAGCUGUCGGGCAUGGCGGCCAGCAAGGCAGAGCACAUGGACGCACUGCGGCAGUGGUACCAGGAUGAGACCGGCGCUGGCAGGCAGCAGGCGGCGGCGGCAGCAGGCGGGGAGGCGGCGGCGGCGCCCGGCGGCGACCAGCAGGCGCGGGGCCUGCGCCAGCGGCCGGCCGCCGCCGCCGCAGCGGGGUGCGCCACCGCGGCGCAGCUGGCCAGCCGGCAGCGCCCGCUGGUGGUGAUAGUGGAGGGCACGGAGAGCGUGGAUGAAAAGUGCCUGCGUGACUUCAUCCUCACAGCCAGCGAGUCGUACCAAGACGUGCCGCUGACGCUGGUGCUGGGGCUGACCACCACCGCCGCCGCGCUGCACGGCCUGCUGCCCCCCAGGCUCGUGGAUCGCUGCCUGGAGAUGCAGCAUUUCAGGCUGGCCAGCGCCAUGACCCGGCUGGACGGCCUGGUGCAGCAGGUGCUGCUGGGUGGCGGCGGCCGCUGGCCGGGCCUGCUGUUCAGCCGCGCCAUCCUCAGCAAGCUGACCGACGCUUUCCUAAACCACUACUACAGCACCGGCUGCAUCAUGCAAGGGCUCAAGGUGGCCUCCCUCAGCCACUUCCUCACCCAACCCCUGAGCUUCCUGGCUGCCGCGGCGGUGGAGGGGCCAGCGGCUGUGGAGCAGGCGUGCGCUGACCUGGACCCCGCCACCCUGGCACAGGCCCGGCAGGCGCUGGGCGGGCGCACCAACGCGCAGCUGGCGGCGGCGGUGGGGGAGGCCAUGGCUGGGUGGAGCCGCUGGUGUGUGGGCCUGCAGUGGCUGCUGGCGGCGGCGGAGGCGGCGGGGCACCGCGGCCAGGACUUCCGUCCUUGGAAGGUGAUUGAGGAGGCCCUGGUGCACGACUUUGCCGCCGGGCAGCUGCAGCAGCUGCUGGGCGCCAUCGAGCCGCAGCUGCGCAGGCUGCCGGCCGCGGCGGCGGAGCAGCUGGCGAUGCGGCUGCUGGAGCGCGCCGCCGCGGUGUGGGGCGGCGUCCAGGCAGCUGCAGGGCAGCUGGAGCAGCUGGCGGCCCUGGCGGGCGGCCAGGCAGAGGCAGAGGAGAAGGCAGCGGAGGAGGAGGAGCAGCAGCAGGCGCCAAGAGGCCGGCGGAGGUCGGGCGCCGAGGCCGCCGCCGCAGCGGCGUGCGAGGCGGGAGAGGCGGCGGCUGCGGAUGCCGACCUGGGUGGCGGUGGCAAGCAGCAGGGCAAGGCCAAACACGACCGCUUCCACUCCAGGCAGUCCCGCAACGCAGCGCUGCUUCAGAAGUCGGCACAGCAGGGCGCGGCCAAGGGCGGCGCCUCGGCUGCCGCUGCCGCCGCCGCCGCCAAGAGGCUGGCGCAGGAGGCGGCCUCGCCGGGCGCGGGCCUGGCGGCCUGGCUGGCGCCAGCGCUGCGCGAGCUGCUGGCCGCCCCGCCCACCAAGCUGCCUGGCGCCUCUGUGUUCACCUGCCGCGACGCUGGCGCCCUGGACUGCCUCACAGCGGAGCCCCGCGUGGCUCUGCACAUGGCGCUGACCGAGCCGCACCUCUUCCUGCCAGGCCUGCCCGACAGCCUGGGGCUGAACGCGGCGCAGGACGAUGCCUGCCUGGCCUACUCCAUUUUCGACCAGGACCCCAAGUGCGUCAACCUUGCAGACUGGUACCAAGCCUUUGCGGCGGUACACGAGGGGGCAGCGCAGCCAGGCGGCAGCGCUGGGCCCGCCGGCAAGAAGCGCAAGGCCGCUGUGAAGAAAGCCAAGAAGGCGGCCAAGAAGGAUGCCAGCGGCAGCCGCAGGGUGGCGACUGAGGGGGAGGAGGAGCAGGAGGGGCAGGGCGAGGAGAGGCGGAGGGUGCGGGAGCUGACGGCUCGCUUCUCCCAGGCUACGGCUGAGCUGCAGUAUGUGGGGCUGAUCAAGCCAGCCAGGCGCCGCCGCGGCGACUACGUGCACCGGGUGGUGCACAUGCCUGCGGCCGAGUAG